AUGUGUACGUCGAUGCCUAGCAUGGGGCCAUUGCCCACCAUGCGGCUGGUCACCACGCAGUCACUGCCGCGCAGGCAGAACGACCACCUCAUUCUGCAGUCGAGCGGCGGCGAGUCAUGGACGACUCUUGACGAGUUCGACCACCCGCGCGAGCGUCGGCUGGCAGAAGCCACAGGCAGCCACCCAUCCGAUCGCACGCAGGAUUCAGCCUGGUUGGGCCCUGGCGGCGCCCCCUCGGCGGCCGAUGUGCGGCUGUCAUCUCAGCCUGCGGGCGUACUGCUGCUCCAUGGCCAGCCGCUGCCGCGCAGGCAGAACGACCACCCCAUUCUGCAGUCGAGCGGCGGCGAGUCAUGGACGACUCUUGACGAGUUCGACCACCCGCGCGGGGGCGCUCCGUUUCUGACGCCCGUAGGCGCUCCGCUGAUCCAUCGCGCCGCGGGGGCGGCGUUUGCCCGGUCGCCGAUCAGGCCGCCCGGCAUGCCGCCGCUCUCCGCCGUCGAGGCGGGGCUCGCCGCAGGCCCCUGGGGCGAGCCAGACCGCGCAGCGCGGGCGAGACAGUGUGCCAGCGAAGGGCGGGCAGAGACCUCCAGUGGCACGCCGGCGGCCGGCAGGGGGCUGGCAAGCAUGCGGGCCCAGCUCUUGGCGCAGGAGCAGCUGCUGGCCAAGGUCCAACAGGAGGCUCAGGAGGUCAGGCGGACUAUCCGCGAGCAGACGGCCUUCUUGGAGGAGCUUGAGUUUCAGCAGGGCGAGCUCGUUGACAGCAUGCCAGCAGCUACAGAGGAGGCUGCGCCGGCCGCCCCUGGCGUUCCAAGAAUCACCACGCUCGUGAUUCAGAACAUCCCCAUGGCCAUGACGCAGAGUGACCUGCUGGACCUCUUGGACUGGUCUGGUUUCGCGAGCCGCUACGACUACGUCUACAUGCCGACGACUUUCGAAACGGGGACCACCAGGGGGAUCGCGUUUGUAAAUUUUGCCACCUCGAACGACGCCCGCGAAUUCUUCAUCUUGUGGAACAAAUCGCGGCUGACCAGAGAGGCUGGCGCUGGAGUCACCGGGCCCGUGAUCGAGGUCAGUGCGGCGGCGAGGCAGGGAUAUUCGGAGAACGUCAGGAUGUGGAAGGCGAGCCGGUUGCGCCGCAUCAAGAACCCCAUGUUUCACCCUUUCAUCGCCCCAAGGCCAGCUGCCCUGUGA